GGAGGGGGGGGGGUGAAGGGUUCCGCCCUUCCUCGGCUCCUCUUCCUCAGUCGCAGUCCGAGAGGCUUCGAGCUGUCUCCUUUGAUUCCCAGUGAUUCCUGAAUGAGAACAUUCCUGAAGGACCCAACUCUCCUCAAAUAACUGUUUUGUUGACUAGAACCUACAAGGAGCAAGAACUCCAGCAUGGAUGAGAAUGUAGACGAACCUCCCACCUCCACUAUCCUCUUGGACAGUUGCCACUUCUCCCAGGUCAUCUUUACUAAUGUGGAGAAGUAUUAUAUGCCUGGAGGAGAUGUCACCUGCUACUACACCCUCACAAAGAAUAUCACUCCUCGCAGAAAGGACUGGGUGGGCAUUUUCAGGGUGGGAUGGAAAACAACCCGUGAAUAUUACACAUUCAUGUGGGCACCUUUGCCCAGCAGCCUUGACAGCGAUGCAGUGCUGCAGCAAGAAGUUCAGUUUAAAGCCUACUACCUGCCAAAAGAUGACGAAUAUUACCAGUUCUGUUACGUUGACCAGGAUGGGGUGGUCCGUGGAGCCAGUGUGCCCUUCCAGUUCCAUGCAGAGGCUGAGGAUGACAUCCUGGUGGUUACCACACAGGGAGAAGUGGAGGAGAUUGAGCAACAGAACAAGGAUUUACUUAAAGAAAACCAACAACUGAAGGAAAGUUGCAAGAGUCUCCAGAAACAGAACAUGGACCUGCAGGAGGAGUUGAGAAAGGCACAGGAGAAGAUGAAGCAGCUAGAGGGAGAAGUCUGUUUCUUGCAGACUGAGAGCUUGAAGCUGCAGAGUGCUCUGGAUCAACAGGCUGUGGAGCUAAAUGCUGUUCAAAUUGAUUUGGCUUCUAUUAAGGAGAAAAAUAUGAACCUGGGAAAGGAGAACCAGGAGCUGCGCAGUGGUCUGGACUUUCUGAGGGGCAGCAGUGAGAAACUGGAGCUGGAAUUGAAUUCCCUGAGAGAGGAGAACAGGCAUCUCAAGGAGCAGAAUGCCUGCAGAGAUGCUGAGCUGCACCAGCUGAAAGAACAAAGCCAAAGUAUCUCAUCUGAAAAUGAACAGCUGGGAAACAGACUGAAAAUAACCCUGGAUCAGAUGGACCAGCUGCAGUCACAGGUGCUGAGUCAAAAAAAGGAAAUUGAAAACCAGGCUCGUAUGGACCGAGACAAAACUGAGCAGCUGGAACAUUUGGAGAAGGAGAAACAUCAGUUACAUGUCACUUUAUUGGAACAGUUUCAAAGCCAAGAUCUAACAAAGGAGCGUGAAGAAAAGAACCAUUUAUUUCAGAUUCUCCAGAGGAAAAAGGAUGAACUUGAUGAGGAAAAUCAGCUAUUAAAGCAGGAGAACAGUGACCUGCUGAGGCGUCUUUCUGCACUUCCAGAUUAUUCUUCCUUUGCUGCUGCCUCACCAGAAGACACAGGACUUGUUUUUGGAAAUCCAUAUGCCUCCCCAAAGACAAGUGCUGAGAACAUGUCUUCUCUGAAGAAAUGCCCCUGGUGUACUGCAUCUUUUCCUGAGGACAUUGAAGAAAGUCAGUAUGGAGACCAUGUGCGAAGCCACCUGUUGGAGUGCCCCUACUGCAGUCAGACCUUUGAAGAGUCCAAUAAGCAGGUGUAUGAAGAUCACUUGUUCUGUCAUGAUUUGGAAUAAUUUUUAACUCUUCUUCUUGCUCUCUAGAGUAGGCAGCAUAGCUGCUCUUUCAUAACUCUCUGCACCAACUAGAUUAGAAUCAGUUUUGUAGGUUAUGCUACUCCCAGUGAGGCCACCCAAACAAGACUGGACAUAGCACUGAUACUGCAGUGCUGACCCCUGGUGUUCCAGAUGGAGGGACCCCUUACUGAACUGGGUCACCUAUCAAUGCCCUGAAAUAGAUCCAUGCUUGUCGGCUAUGUCUUGUUAUCUUGAGUCAAGCCUAGGCACUGUGAAACAGCUCAGUCCCUAUAACCAAUCAUUCAGUGAUAGCUGUGAUAUAUUAUUUAGCUUUGGCCGAGUAUUAAGACUCUAUAAUAGCAGUUUUGAAUUGUCUGUGUUUGGAAAGAAAUGUCUCUUCCAUAAUGUUUUUUUUUCCCUUGGCGUAAUGUUGUGGACACUAGUCCAUAGACUAAAACAAGUGUACAUACCUUUUGGCCUCAUACUUUCUGACUUCUUUGAGGUAUUGGGAGUGCAGAGCUAAUGGUUAAUAAAAAUGUACCUAUUUCCUCUUCCUUCAUUCUCUGUCCCCACCCAGAUAAAAUUUUGUUUCAGCAAUGCAUUUAACCAUCCAUAAGCAUUUUCUGAAAGAAUGUAUGAGCCUGGAUUGUUUCUCUGAUUUGUGUGUAGCUUCUUGACUUCAGACCUUACUCUAGGACAAGAAGAACCUGUUCUCAGAACAAAGUGGGUUCAAAACUAUCAAGUGCCUAGGGUGAUUAUAAUGACUGGACACUCUAUGCAAAAAAACACCACUUUGAAUUCUAUUUUUGGUUGCAGUACACAAUAAGCAAUUUUUCCUUCUAUGCAAGUACAAAAGGAUUACGUUUAUUAUUCAACUGUGUCAUACUGUGCAUUAAUUUACUGAUGAAUAUGUAAAGCUAUGGGAAAUGCUAAUAGGUUUUCAUAGCAUCUUGGUUUAAAUUAACUUGAAUAUUAAGAAUAAUGGAAACCUUUAAAACGUUGUUUAAAUCUUUUCAAAGCUGCUGACAUAAAUAAACUUGUUAUCAGUCAACCUAUAGUGUUAAACAUUA